AUCCCCUUCUCCCAUCUCCUCUAAUAAGCUAACACACCCAUUUUCCUCCAAGUACCUUUUCAUUUCCCCCCAUCUUUUUUUUCUUUAAUUUCCUUUUAUCUUUUCCAUCUUUCUAUGCAAAUUCGAAUAUCAUCCAUGGCAGUUCCCAGCAGUACCAUAAAAAUCAGACCCUAUUCAACAAAACAACACCUUCAUUUCUUCCUCUUCAUAAUAAUAUUUUCCUUCCUCUUUUUACCCUCUUCUUUUUCAUCCUCUUCUCCUUCAAUCCACGAUCUUCUCGUUUCGAGAGGGUUACCGGCAGGUUUGCUCCCAAAAGAAGUGAAAUCUUAUACCCUUUCAGACAAUGGAACCCUGGAAGUCUUGUUGGACGAACCCUGCUUGACAAAGUACGAGAAUAGGGUGUUUUUCGACAGUGUAGUGAGGGCUAACCUUAGCUAUGGAAGCUUGAUUGGGGUUGUGGGGUUAAGCCAAGAAGAACUGUUCCUUUGGUUGCCUGUUAAAGACAUCAUCGUUAAUGACCCGACAUCCGGUCUCAUCUUGUUUGACAUUGGACUUGCUCACAAACAGCUUUCUUUGUCUCUUUUCGAAGAUCCUCCUCUCUGUAAACCUCAAGGAAUAUUGAAGAAUAAUGUGAGGAAGGAGAAAGGAUUUGAGGGUCUUAGAUAGGAAAAAUGAUAUUCCAAUGCUAGUGUCAACUUUUGUUUUUGUGUUUUCUUUUUACUAAUUGUAUACUAAAAUAUAAGUAAUUUUAGGAGUUGUAAUUAAAGAAGUGACUUGUUGGAAUCUAAUUUCAUAAUCAAAUUAGGUUUAUUUUU